AUGGCGUCAAGGAACACACCGUGCGAGGCGUGCAAGUCUCUGAGGCAAAAGUGCACAAACGACUGCAUGUUUGCGCUGGAUUUCCCACCGGACCAGCCGGAGAAGUUCGCGAAAGUGCACAAAGUCUUCGGCUCCAUCAACGUGGGCCAGCUGCUCAUAGAUCUCUCCCCAUCGCAGCCCGAGAACGCAGCGAACUCGCUAGCCGACGAGGCGGAGUCGCGCCUGGGGGACCAGUCCCCCAGGUGCGACUCCGUCCCAAUUCUCCAUCAAAGCUUACAGCAGGUUCACACCGAUAUCACCACUCUCAAAAACGAUCUCGCCACCUAUGACAUUGGUCAAAAAGGUGGCCAAAUGGAGAUUCGUGUGCUACAAGAAAUUUUGCAGGCAAAUGAAUUGGCUGUACGAGAGCAACUUGAGCGUUUGCGGACGUAUGAACUAUUGAUGCAGCCGAAGCCUAUGAGUUUCAAUGGUGGGUUCGACCCAGCUGCGGCUGGUGGCUCGGACCAGUUAUUUGAGGCUCAGCAAUUGGCAGCGAAAGAAGAUCUAGAGCUGGAGAUUUUGCGGACAUAUGAACAACAGCAGCAGUCGCAGCUUGUGAGUUUCAACGGUGGGUUCGACCCAACUGCGGCGGGUGGUUCAAGCCAGCACCACGAGGACCAGUCAAUUGACGCUCAGCAAUUGCUUGCGCCUGUGGCUGCGAGAGAACGGCAGGAGAUUUUGCAGACAUAUGAACAACUGCAGCAGCAACAGAUGCAUGUGGGUUUCAAUAGUUGGUUCGACCUGACUGCGGCGGGUAAUUCAGUUACUGCGCAGACGAAUAUUGCUGGUGGUGGUGGUGUUAUGUCGCCUUCGCUGGCACCGGGCACGUUUGAAAAUCCUUACCAGAUUCAAUCCCCACAACAAGUGGAACACCACGGCCAUCCUCUUCAGAAGCAGCUCCAGCAGUUACACCAACAGGAUCAGCAAACUCAGCAAGCCCAGUCGGAAAGUGAUGAGAAGCGUAAGGGUAAGGGUAAGGGUGUUGCACAGUAA